AUGCGGGAUGGCACGGGCACGCCGGCGACGCUGAUUGUGUUCGAGCGGAUGCUGCGGACGGGUGGCGUGGGGAAGCGCUUCCGCAAGGUUGACAUUGACAUCUCCUUCCAGGCGCACGGGCUGCGCCGCGAGGGAAGCCCAGCCAUGUCUUGCGCAUACGCAAUGCAGAGCGACCUACCGAGAGCGUGCGACGACGAGCCGGUGGACAGCUAA